GGCUUCAAACCCUCUCCCUCGCCUCCUUAUAUAAGAUGUGAAGACAGACAGUGGGGAACGAACACUACCUAACAUCAUCAUCAUUAACAUAUAACAGAUCAAACCCUAUUAAUUGACAUAUCACCAUGAGCAGUACUCAACCUCCCUACUAUUCUUCCACCUUCGGUGAACCCAACCAGAACCCCAGCGCAACUACUGCAACCGGGACCCAAGUUGGCAGCGGCAUCACCAGCACCGGUCAAGCAAAUACCGGCCCUGCGCGCACCACUGCCGGACCGCAUCAAUCUGAUCUAGCCAACAAGGCCGAUCCCCGCGUCGAUAGCGAUCUGAACAACCGCGCUCAGUACGCCCCUGGCGCGACAACCACCGGCAACGUACAUCCGCAGGCCACCCAGAACGUAUCGAACCCUCAAAGCUCCACCGCGGGCCCUCACAAGUCCUCCCUUCUUAAUAAGCUCGACCCCCGCGUCAACAGCAAGACGGGCGAGAUGUCUUCCAAGUCGACCAACGCAACCGGCUCUGGAGCCAUGCGUGAACCUACCGACACCACCGGCGGAGCCGCUUACCAGCAACCGAACCAAGCGGCUACUGCUGCUGGAGGCGCUGCCUCCAGCGCAGCUGGCUACAACACGGCCCCGGUCUCGGGAUCGCAAACCACCAGCGGAGUAGGAUACCAACCGACGCAAUCAUCCGGUAGCACAUAUGGCACCCAAUCCAAGUCGGCAGCUGCCGGGGAAUCUGUUGGCGGCGGUGUGAAGUCGGCAGCUGCAGGAAUCCAUGUAAGUCCCGACCAUCAGUCGAGUCUAGCCAGGCACUUCAUCCGUAGUGGCCGCGGUCUAUCCGACACUAACGAGCGGCUGAUGCUGACCUGAAACACAGGGAGCGGGGGAGUCAUUGCGAGGCGGGCUCACAGCUGCGGUCGACAAGGCCUUUGGGCACGAAGAAGGGGCCGCCAAAAACUCGGCCAUUGCUGAAGAAGGGGAGCGAGAAAUUCAAUCGGGAAACUUCAGCAGAACCCAGCGGUGAUUUUGAACACCAUGGUCUCUUGUGAUGGAAUGAACCCCGCCUUUUUUUCUUUUUGGUUAAUGAGAUA